AUGAAGCUACAGUAUCUAUCAACUCUUCCGCCUCAGCAGGAAGGUUCGAAUAAGAUCCGCUCCUUGGCUUGCGCUCCAAACAGUUCAAAGUUAGCUGUUGUUGAACGAGAUCGCAUAAUCACCUUACUCGACGAAAAAGAUCAUAUAUUAUCAAAUGGAUCUGCUUUUCUCCAGACUCAGGCUACGGCGAGGCUCGCCGUAGCGCAAUCGGAUAACGUGGUGUACGUUUACAGUAUAGGGAAAACAUGGCAAGUUUGCAGUUAUUUCUUUCUCUGAAA